AUGCCACCACCACCUAAACCAGUUUAUGGACAAGAAGAGCCUUCCAACUGGGCGAAAUUUAAAAUGGGCCUAAUGAUGGGUACCACCGUCGGUGUUUGUACAGGGGUCCUGUUUGGUGGUUUUGCCAUUGCCACACAAGGUGCAGGACCUGAUGGAGUUGUGAGGACGUUGGGGAAAUAUAUUGCAGGUUCUGCAGGGACUUUCGGACUGUUUAUGUCUAUCGGGUCAGUCAUCAGAAGUGAUGAUGGCGAGAGGAGCUUGAAUACAAAACAGGCUAUUGCUUUGCAACAGAGAGCUAAAUACGAAAUGUGGAAGGUUCGUGCUAAGUAUGGGAUUCAUAAAGAAUGA